AUGGACUUAUCAAAAGAAGUUUACAGGAUGUCUGAAGACGAGAAGGCGCUACUAAGAGUGAACCAAAUAGCUACUCAAAUAGUUCUUCCAAUGGUCAUCAAAUCUGCUAUAGAACUUGAUCUUUUUGAGAUUAUGGCCAGGACUCCUGGUGGUCAAUUUUCUUGUCAUGAUCUUGCUUCUAGCCUUCCUAGACAAAACCAACAAACCGCAGUUUUAUUAGAACGUAUUCUUCAGUUUCUUGCAUCAGAAUCCAUUCUCACAUCAACCCUUGUUGAGGAUGAAAAAGGAGAAUCUAAGAAGCUAUAUGGUAUGACAGCAGUGUCCAAUAAGUAUGUUCGAAAUGCAGAUGGGACGUCUCAUGCUUCACCGCUUUUCCUUGGCUGUGAUAAAGUAAUCUUGGAGUGUUGGUAUCACCUGAAAGAUGCAGUGGUUGAGGGUGCUACUCCAUUUAACAAAGCCCAUGAGAUGAGUGCAUUUGAGUACCUUGCAAAAGACAACAGAUUCAAUGAGGUAUUCUACAAAUUCAUGCAUGACAACACGAGAAUAGCAAUGAAGAUGGUUCUUGAAAAGUACAAAGGAUUUGAAGGAGUAAAAACCUUGGUUGAUGUAGGUGGUGGUUUAGGUUCUAACCUUGAGCUUAUUGUUUCCAUGUACCCUGAUAUUAAAGGCAUCAACUUUGACCUCCCCCAUGUCAUCAAGGAUGCACCUCCAUAUCCAGGUGUAGAUCAUGUCGGAGGAGAUAUGUUUAAGAGUGUUCCUAAAGGAGAUGUUAUGUUCAUGAAAUGGAUACUUCACAACUGGGGCGACAAUUAUUGUAUCAAGCUUCUAAAGAACUGUUGGGCCUCAUUGCCAGAGUGUGGUAAGGUGGUGGUGGUGGAAGCAGUCAUACCUGACCCUAAAAGUGAUACUAGUUACCCAAAUGAAUCUUCCGAUACGGUAUUUGCUUAUGAUAUGCUAAUGUUGAAUUUUAACCCUGGUGGUAAAGAGCGAACUACAAAAGAAUACAAUACAUUGGCAAAGGAGGCUGGGUUUACUUCUUUUCAAACAGUUUGCAGGGCUUCUACUUUCUGGAUCAUGGAAUUCUACAAAAACAGUUGAAUACUGAUUGAAUGUAACACCCUGGUAAUCAGAGAAACACGAAGGAACUCUACGUUUGAUUUCUAUUUAUAUAAUGCUAAAUAAAACUUGUUUCGAUGAAGCAUUUUGAGCAGUUAUCAUAAUGUGUUAUUGUACUUUCAGUCGACUA